AUGCCCCGGUGGAGGCCGCUCGCCCUCGUCCUGCUCGGGCUCGCCGCCUCGCUGCUGGCCGCGCCGGUGCUGGGCUGCGGCCCCGGUCGGGGCCCGGUGGGGCGGCGGCGGCUGGGGCGGCGGCAGCUCUCGCCUCUGCUCUACAAGCAGUUCGUGCCCAACGUGCCCGAGCAGACGCUGGGGGCGAGCGGGAAGGCGGAGGGCAAAGUGCUGCGGGGCUCGGAGCGCUUCAGGGAGCUGGUGCCCAACUACAACCCCGACAUCAUCUUCAAGGACGAGGAGAACACGGGGGCGGACCGGCUCAUGACCGAGCGCUGCAAGGAGCGGGUGAACUCGCUGGCCAUCGCCGUGAUGAACAUGUGGCCGGGGGUGAAGCUGAGGGUGACGGAGGGCUGGGAUGAAGAUGGGCACCACCUCCCCGACUCGCUGCACUACGAGGGCAGAGCUCUGGACAUCACCACGUCCGACCGUGACCGCCACAAGUACGGCAUGCUGGCACGGCUGGCCGUGGAGGCCGGCUUCGACUGGGUCUACUACGAGUCCAAGGCGCACAUCCACGUCUCUGUCAAAGCAGAUAACUCGCUGGCCGUCCGCACCGGCGGCUGCUUCCCAGGCCACGCCACGGUGACGCUGCAGAGCGGGGAGCACCGGGGCCUGGCCGAGCUGCGCCGCGGUGACCGGGUGCUGGGCGCCGAGCCGGGCGGGCGCCUGGUGCCCACCGAGGUGCUGCUCUUCCUGCACCGGGACCUGGGCCAGCGUGCCUCCUUCGUGGCCAUCGAGACAGCCAGCCCAGCUCGGCGGCUGCUCCUCACCCCGUCCCACCUGGUGUUCACAGCUCGGGGAGAGGGGAACGGCUCCGGCGCCUUCCUGCCCAUCUUCGCCCGCCGUGUGCGCCCGGGCGACGCCGUGCUGGCCCACGGGGCCGGCGGGCAGGGGCUGCGCCCCACCAGGGUGCUGAGGGUCUCUCGGGAGGAUGGAGUGGGGGUUUUUGCCCCCCUGACCUCUCAGGGCACUUUGCUGGUUAACGGGGUGCUGGCAUCCUGCUACGCGGUGCUGGAGAGCCACCGCUGGGCACACAGAGCUUUCGCCCCUCUGCGCCUCUUCCACGGGCUCCUCUCGCUGCUGCCUGCCCACGCCGAGGUGGGCAACGGGACCGUGCCCGAGGUGGGCAUGCACUGGUACUCCCGCCUGCUCUACCGGCUGGCCGGGGGCGUGCUGGGCCACGAGGCGCUGCAGCUUUAGGGGGUGCCUGCCCCCCCGUUUCUGCCAGGUGAUGCCACACACAGCCCUGGGCAUGGGGAGGAGGGAUAGGGGUACCCCCAGUGCUGUGGGGAGGGUGGGGCUCAGCACUGCCCGGGGGUAUGGGGUGGUCCCUGUGCUGUGUCCUGGAGCCCCCCAUGGCUGGGUCUCCAUGCCCAGACCCCGCUGGUAUUUAUUGCUUUAUUAACCACUGCACUGGGGUGGGCUUGGUGCCGCAGCCAGGCAGCACCAGACCCUGCCCAGGAGGGUCAAACCCAGCUGGGAAGAUGCCAAAAACACCCCAAAACUUUAUUAACCACUGAGGAGGGCUUGGUGCCUGUCACACCCCAGCCAGGGGGGGGUCAAAACUCCCCCUGGGGGCCAAAUCCAGCUGGGGGGAUGCCAAAAAUACCCCAAAACUUUAUUAACCACUGGGGUGGGUUUGGUGUCUGUCCAACCCCAGCCAGGCAGCACCAGACCCUGCCCAGGAGGGUCAAACCCAGCUGGGAGGAUGCCAAAAACACCCCAAGACUUUAUUAACCACUGAGGAGGGCUUGGUGUCUGUCACACCCCAGCCAGGCAGCACCAGACGCUGCCCUGGGGGCCAAAUCGAGCCAAAAACACCCCCAAGACUGAGCAGUUGGCAGCAGUUCCUGCCUGUCCCCCUGCUCUGGGUCAGUCCCUGUCACCCACAGUGUCCCUGGCACCCACAGUGGGCACUGGGUGUCUGCCAUGGGCACCCCGUGCCAGGUCCGACUCUAACCAUGCUAACUGCUAACCAACCCGCCCUGCUUGAGAGUUUUAUUUUUCUAUUUAUAAAUGGUAAUAUAAAUGUCCCCCAUGCCUGCCUGCCCUGGCAGGGGGCAGCCUGCUUUUAACCACUUCAGUUAAAAAAAAAAAAAAAAAACAAAAAAAAAAAAAAAAAAAAAACAAACAAAAAAAUCAAAAGAAAUACUAUUUAAUUGUUUGGGAAAAUAAAGAAAGUUUAUGGCCCUAUUUGCUGUUGGAGCUGUGGUUGGGGAGUCUGGAGGGGCUGGGAUUGAUCAUUCCAGGGGGUUGGGGGUCCUGAGGGGUUGGAGCAUCCCAGGGUCUGGGCUGGGGGUUUGAGAUCCUGGGGGCUCUGGGGGUCCCUGGUUCCUCUUGGACUUUCUGGCCCAACAGAAACAAAGAGUUAUGGACAGCGCAGAUACCUUUUUCUGGGCAAAAUAAACCCGAAAAAGGACCUACAUUAACAGAGGAUUAAUCCUUAAAAGCAACAGCCUGUUGCAUAUUCAUACAGCUCAUACAUGGUGCAUAAAUUCCAUCCAAACACAGGAUUCUGUCUGGGCAGCAUCAACUUCUUUCUCACAAUCUUAACAGCAUCUUCCUGCCUAAGAAAGGUGGGAAGAAGUUCGUUUCUCCUGAUAACGGAGCAAUAAAUUCUCUUUCUCUGAAA